CUUGAACCACCACGGUGAUAUUCGCAUGCGGGUUUUUUUUAAUCAUCGGAUAGCUGAUAAAUUUCAAUCCUUGCCUUGACUGUGUGCUAACUCCUUCACUGGAUACCUGGAUUGUUGGAUUUAAGAAGAUCAGGCGUUGGGAUUAUCCUGCCGUCACGAUGAAGGCGGAAUUUCUGUUCUUGGUUCUAACUGGAGCACUGAUAGCACAGCUAGGUCUUAUUACCGAAGCCGCUGCAACUACCGAAGCCGUUACAACAGAAAAUGCAACAGAAUACACUAAUUUUGCUGAUGCCACUACCGAGGAACUGAGCACUGCAACUGAUACAUCAGAGAGUGGCUGCUCCCCCACAGCAACAGUUGAGACCCAUUUCGUCGGGGAGUUCUCCAUAACCUUCAUGGAUAUGACGGCUGCUGAGUUUGACCUUGCAUACUUGGAUGCGUCAAGCGAAGAAUACAGAAAUCUGAGCUCGGCGAUCUGUGAAGUGUUCGCUGAGGCUAUCACCGACUUUGGCAGUACAGCACUUGAUUGUAACGUUACUGAGAUCAGUAAUACAACCGAUGAAACGAACACCACCUCAAUCGGCCUGGAAGUUGAUGCUUCCUUUCAAUCUACCACCUUCGUCCCUGAGAGUACGACGGUUGCAUUACUUGUCGAGGCGUUCCAGAACUCCACGUUCACCAUAUUUGGUGACGUCAUUAACACUAUUGUGUACGAAAACACAACAGAAUACACUAAUUGUCCUGAUUCCACUACCGAGGAACUGAGCACUGCAACUGAUACAUCAGAUGGGACCGAAACCACAGUACUGAGUAGCACCAUGGAAGCAGAUGGAAGUACAGUCGAGAGUGGCACCACGGAGCAGAGCAUUACCAUAAUGGCAGAUGCAACCAUGACCGAGAGUAUCACUGUGGCUGGUGGUGGUAGUGCAACCACAGUGGCACAACCCGCAACCAUGACCGAGAGUAUCACUGUGGCUGAUGGUGGAAGUGCCACCACAGUGGCACAACCCGCAACCAUGACCGAGAGUAUCACUGUGGCUGGUGGUGGUAGUGCAACCACAGUGGCACAACCCGCAACCAUGACCGAGAGUAUCACUGUGGCUGAUGGUGGAAGUGCCACCACAGUGGCACAACCCGCAACCAUGACCGAGAGUAUCACUGUGGCUGAUGGUGGUAGUGCCACCACAGUGGCACAACCCGCAACCAUGACCGAGAGUAUCACUGUGGCUGGUGGUGGUAGUGCCACCACAGUGGCACCAGCCGCAACCAUGACCGAGAGUAUCACUGUGGCUGGUGGUGGUAGUGCCACCACAGUGGCACCUGCCGCAACCAUGACCGAGAGUAUCACAGUGGCACCAGCCGCAACCAUGACCGAGAGUAUCACUGUGGCCGGUGGUGGUAGUGCCACCACAGUGGCACCUGCCGCAACCAUGACCGAGAGUAUCACUGUGGCUGGUGGUGGUAGUGCCACAACAGUGGCACCAGCUGCAACCAUGACCGAGAGUAUCACUGUGGCCGGUGGUGGUAGUGCCACCACAGUUGCACCUGCCGCAACCAUGACCGAGAGUAUCACUGUGGCCGGUGGUGGUAGUGCCACCACAGUGGCACCAGCCGCAACCAUGACCGAGAGUAUCACUGUGGCUGGUGGUGGAAGUGCCACCACAGUGGCACCUGCCGCAACCAUGACCGAGAGUAUCACUGUGGCUGGUGGCGGUAGUGCCACCACAGUGGCACCUGCCGCAACCAUGACCGAGAGUAUCACUGUGGCUGAUGGUGGUAGUGCCACCACAGUGGCACCUGCCGCAACCAUAACUGAGAGUAUCACAAUGGCACCAGCCGCAACCAUGACCGAGAGUAGCACUGUGGCUGGUGGUGGUAGUGCCACCACAGUGGCACAACCCGCAACCAUGACCGAGAGUAUCACAGUGGCACCAGCCGCAACCAUGACCGAGAGUAUCACUGUGGCUGGUGGUGGUAGUGCAACCACAGUGGCACCAGCCGCAACCAUGACCGAGAGUAUCACAGUGGCACCAGCCGCAACCAUGACCGAGAGUAGCACUGUGAUUGGUGGUGGUAGUGCCACCACAGUGGCAUCAGCCGCAGCCACUACCGGUACUGCAAUGAUGACAGAAGUAGUUGAAUCUACGACAGUGGUGGAAAGUGGCACUUCGACCUUGGGUGGCAGUGACACCACAGCACAGAGUGGCCAGGUUACGACGGAAAGUCCAUCUACAGAAGCACCCACUACUCCAACUCUUGUGGAUGAAUGUACCGCUGGCACAGAUGCAUGCGGACCUCACAGCACAUGCAUCGACACCCAGGACUCGUACACUUGUCAGUGUGAUAAUGGCUAUGUCAGCUCCGGCCUUACUCAGUGCGUUGACGUCAACGAAUGUCUAGGCGGUCCCUGCCAUUCCAAUGCAAAUUGUACCAACACGGACGGCUCAUACACCUGCGCUUGCAAGUCAGGAUUCAUUGGAGAUGGAACAACCUGUGAUGAUGUCAUCGAGUGUGACAACCCAAGCCUGUUCACUUGCCCAAGUGACAGUUCUUGUGUCAACACCAUGGGGUCGUAUGAAUGUCAGUGUGACACAGGUUACACGGACAGUGGCAACGGCACAUGUGUGGACGCAGACGAAUGCAGCGACGGCUCAGAUGACUGCGACGCGAAUGCAGCUUGUGCAAACACUGUUAGUAGUUUUACCUGCACUUGCAACACGGGCUAUGCGGGGACCGGUGAUAGUUGUGUCGAUAAGAAUGAAUGCACCAAUGGGGACGCAUCGUGUACCGCAUCAUCGCACUGUGUCAAUACUCCGGGUAGCUAUCAGUGCGACUGCAAUCAAGGCUACGAAAAAGAUUCUUCUGACAUGUGCGUUGACGUAAAUGAAUGCCUUAAUGCCGCCAGCUGCCCUGCCAAUUCUACGUGCGACAACAACGCUGGUUCGUUCGUCUGUAUCUGCGACAGCGGUUUUACUCAGAACGGAGACGAGUGCUCUGACAUCGAAGAGUGCAGUCUAUCUACCGACGACUGUUCCCAGAAUUGCAUGAAUACCGUGGGUGGAUACACUUGUAGUUGCGAUGACGGCUUUACAUUGGCCGAGAACGGAAUGGACUGCGAGGCCUCAAGCAACUGUACAGACACCGACUACUGCGGGGCCAAUGCCAUUUGCUUCUUGAACUCAACAUCCAACGCUGACACUUGCAGAUGUGACAGUGGAUUUCAAGCAAUAAACGCCACUCACUGCGAAGAUAUUAACGAAUGUACGGAGUCAAGUGACGAUUGUGAUGAUGGGCAUGGAACCUGCGCCAAUAUUCCUGGCGGUUACACCUGUUCAUGUACAUCAGGCUACGAACUCGCCAGCGAUAUGAGGAGCUGCCUUGAUAUUGAUGAGUGCUUGCGCAACAUGGAUAACUGCGACAGCAACGCUAUGUGUACCAACACAGACGGCGGUUUCAAUUGCACCUGCAACGGAGGCUACGAAGGCAGUGGAACAACCUGCACAAACAUCAAUGAGUGCAUGCUGACUACUCCCUGCCACUCUCAGGCCACUUGUACCGACAGCGUAGGAUCGUACAGCUGUGCCUGUAAUACUGGAUAUCUUGGAGAUGGAAUUUCCUGCUUCGAUGUCGACGAGUGUGGAGUUUCAGACACCUGUGAUGACAACGCGCAGUGUAUGAACACACAAGGGUCGUACACCUGCAUGUGCAACGGUGGUUACUCUGGUGACGGUACCACGUGCUCAGACAUCGACGAGUGUGACACUCCGUCGAGCUGUGCGUCAAACAGCACUUGCACCAACACCGUAGGAUCCUUCUACUGUGAAUGUGAUGCGGGUUAUCGGGGCAAUGCGAGGGUGGAAUGCCCGAAUAUCGAUGAGUGCUCCGAGCAAGCAGACAACUGUCACGCGGACGCUGUGUGCACCGAUACCGACGGCAGCUUCACGUGCGCGUGCAAUUCUGGCUACAUGGGUGACGGAGUGACCUGCACAGACAUCGACGAGUGUGACACUCCGUCGAGCUGUGCGUCAAACAGCUCUUGCACCAACACCGUAGGAUCCUUCUUCUGUGAAUGUGAUGCCGGUUAUCGGGGCAAUGCGAGGGUGGAAUGCCCGAAUAUCGAUGAGUGCUCCGAGCAAGCAGACAACUGUCACGCGGACGCUGUGUGCACCGAUACCGACGGCAGCUUCACGUGCGCGUGCAAUUCUGGCUACAUGGGUGACGGAGUGACCUGCACAGACAUCGACGAAUGCACAACCAUGGAUGCAUCGCUCGACCACAAUUGCGACAGUAACGCCGUGUGCUUUAAUAUACCCGGCUCUUUCACCUGUUCCUGCAACACUGGCUAUAUAGGCACCGGGCAGUUCUGCAUAAAUAACGACGAAUGUUUGACUAAUACCCACAUGUGCGACUCGCAUGCAACCUGCACUGAUACCGUAGGAUCAUACACGUGUGCCUGCGAUACAGGAUACAUGGGAGACGGACGGACCUGUCAAGAUAUCGAUGAGUGUUUCAUCAACGCAGACAACUGCUCAGUGUCAGCUCAUGAGAAAUGCAUUAACACUGUGGGUGGAUUCACAUGCGGAUGUCAGACUAACUACUUCCGGGUCAACGGAGUUUGCAUCGGGACCGUGGCUCGUAAUCUGGUGGUCGUUUUUGUCCAAAUCAAGGGCGUACCCGCAGUGGAUAACCUGGCUGUGGUUGAUACCUCAGCGAACCGUAUCGAUCUUGCUGCCGAUGUGUUCUCACUGUUGAAUGCUUCGUCAAGCGUCCAGCCCGAUCUCAAGGGAGUAGCCGUCUCGGCCAUGGCCAACGUCACCGGCGGAACCUCCGUCACGUUCCUGGUUGACUUGGAUUCGGGGACUGGCCUGACCGUGGCCCAGUUGUCGGAAGCCUUCGUGAACGGACUCCGGGGUAACGACAAUGACACGGUGGAACCGGACAGCCGGAUUCAAACCGGAUCAACGCCAACAGUGGAAGAACCAGUCAUCAACCCAUGUGAGGAGACUACAGACAACUGCUAUGACUUCAACUACGCCGAAUGUGUCUUUGGAGGUGUCAGCAACGAGUUUAGUUGUCGAACAUGUCGAACUGGUUACGCUGCACCCUCUGUUGCAGGCGAAGCCUGCACGGAAAUCUUCCCGUGUCAGGUAGACCCGCAGAAUUGCACCAACCAGGACUUCGUGGACUGUGUACAUGACGGCCCAGGACAGUUUCAUUGUGAGAAUUGUCUGGGUGGAUGGAGACUGGUGAACGGCCGGUGUCACAAGCUUGCUGAGUUUGUUGCAGUGACGUUAAUCCAGGAUGUCGCCGGAAGUCCAGUCCUGUACUUCGACGAUCUUGCCAACAAAUCUUCUCUUUUGUUUAACAUCUAUGAAUCGGGCGCCUGCGGUAUCUUCAUGUCAGCAACAAACGCCACUGAUUGUGAGGUAAACAGCUUUUCCAAUGGGAGCCUUAUCGUGAACUACACGUUGUAUUUCUUUGAGGCCGAAGGAAAAACGGAACAGGAAAUCGUGGCUGACAUCAUUGCUGCAGACGAUGCAUCAACUGAUUUAAAUUUCUUGCAAAGUUCAAUCAUCGUAAUGGCUAUUCCGAGCGUUUUCUGCGAAUUCUCAUCUUGUUUAAACGGAGGAACAUGUUCCGUCAUCAACAGCCAGAUCAGCUGCGCGUGUGCAGCAGGCUACAUAGGAGGCGACUGUAGUGCAGUCCUUACAACCAGCGCACCGGACGUUGCCACCACCCCUGCCACCACCCCUGCCGGCGGAUUGACCACGGGCCAAAUCAUCGGUAUCGUCGUCGGAGCUGUCGUACUCCUGCUUAUCAUCAUCAUCAUCAUCGUCGUCAUCUGCAAGGCUAAAGGGAGGGCCAAGGUGGGGACCUCCCGUGAAGAAAUGGCCCUGACUGAACGACACGAAGAAGCCUCGAUUUCUUAAGAUGGAAUUUUGCGUCGGGGUGAUGUAAAUCAAAUUAGGUUUUGCCCUUCACCGACGUAUAAACACUGUAUACUCAGUGUGUUACCGAUCCC